UUUCAGUAAUCGAAUCAAUCAUUCGGGGAUCCCCCACAUAGAACUCUAAAUAGAUCGAUCUCUACGGCAAAGAAUCAAUACAGCUAAUAAAUUAACUUGGCCUGAGCCCAUCAAGAAUCGGCUAAUUAUGAACAUGUGAGACAGCGGGGAAGCUCACGUCUCAGUCGGUAAAACAGACAUGUCUAUAGAGAGUUCUAUUGUGCUGCCCUCUCGUCCACCACCCAUAACCCACGUUUCAAAAACUUCCAUAAAAAAUCAGUACAUAACCUCUAAGUAAUAACAACAACAACCCACGUGUGCCGUGUGCUCUAGACACCGAUUAGUCUCCAAGAUAAUGUUCCACAAAGUGCCUCCGAACCCCAGUACACAGUUGUAAAUCAUAAAAAUGCCUGAAAGCAAGAUAUUCUCCCGCAAUCGUGCCCUCGGUUACGUGAGUAACCACAUUCCCUUAUUGACCCGGUACAUCCAUCGUCGAAAGGAAAACCUGAUAGUGACAUCAGUGGGUCGAGCCUUCCACACGUACGGGUGUGCACAUUUCACCCUUCUGAGUGUCUCCGGACAGCACCCCGACGACAUAACAUGUCUCUCCGGGGACGCCUACCACGUCUACACAGCGAGUGAAACAACAAUCUAUGCCUGGAGACGAGGUAACGAAUUAAAACACACCUACAAAGGCCACAGCCAGCCUGUUCAUCUGAUCCUCCCCUUCGGCCCCCAUAUCAUCUCCAUCGACGAAGAGAGUACUUUAAAAUUAUUCUCGAUAAAAACUGAGGAGGAAGUUCUCUCCUUAACCUUCUCCAACAAUGUCUUUAAAAUCACGAAAAUAGUUCACCCCAACACGUACAUCAAUAAAGUUCUCCUGGGGAGUGACCAGGGUCAUCUCCAGCUGUGGAAUCUCAAGACCAUAAAGAUGAUCUACACGUUCAAUGGUUGGAACUCACCAGUGACAGCCCUGGAGCAGGCACCGGCCAUCGAUGUGAUGGCAAUUGGUCUUGCGAAUGGCAAAAUAAAAAUGCACAACAUUAAAUUAGAUGUCACCUUAUUUGAGGUGAUACAGGACUGGGGAAUGGUGACGUCGAUAUCCUUCAGAAGUGACGACAAUCCUGUGAUGGCAACGGGUAGCCCUCAGGGUCACGUUGUACUCUGGAAUCUUGAGGAGAGAAAGGUGGAAAGUCAGGUGCUGAACGCUCAUUAUGCAGCUGUUGCUGGGGUUCAGUGUCUCUCCAAUGAGCCACUGAUGGUGACCAACUCAUCUGAUAAUUCUCUGAAGCUGUGGAUAUUCGAUUUGGCUGAUGGUGCUGCCAGACUGUUGAGGAUCAGGGAGGGACAUUCGGAACCGCCGACUUUUGUUAGGUUUUAUGGACUGGAUGGGCACAAUAUUCUGUCAGCUGGGGGAGACUCCUCUCUGAGGAUUUUUUCUACCAUCACUGAGACCUUCAAUAAGAGCCUCGGGAGGGCUUCAUUUAAUAGGAAGGCGUCCAAGAAAAAGGGGAGAAAUGUUGAUGAUAAUCUAAUCAUGCCUGCCAUCACUGAAAUUGCCAUGGAGAUGACGAGGGAGAAGGACUGGGAUAAUAUUGCUGCUGCUCAUCUCGGGCUUGGGGUUGUCACUACUUGGUCGUAUGACAAAUUGAAGAUGGGGGAGCACAAGAUUCUACCGACGAGAUUCAAGAAGAAUUAUCAAGCCAAUGCGACAAGUUUGUUCCUCACCCACUGUGGAAACUUCCUGCUGGUUGGGUACAACACUGGACACGUGGAGAGGUUCAAUAUUCAGAGUGGAAUUCACAGAAUGACGUAUGGGGGAGAGAAGGGGGCACAUGAGGGCCCAGUGAAGGGAAUCAUGGUGGAUCCUCUCAACCAGGAAGUGGUGACUGCUGGGAGAGAUGGUAAAAUAAAGUUCUGGGGAUUCCAGUCUGGAAAGGGGCAAGUACCGAAAAUGGUAGUAACACUGAGUGAACCUGUGAAGUGGCUGAGGACACACAGAGAGAGUUCCCUGAUAGCCCUGGCUCUUGACGAUUUCAGUUUGAUACUGAUUGACUUUGAGACGAGACGAGUUGUCAGGCACUUCAGGGGCCACACUGGACAUCUCACCGAUGCUACCUUUAGUCCGGACUCCAGGUGGCUCGUGACAGCCUCCAUGGAUGCUACUAUCAGAACUUGGGAUAUUCCUUCUGCUAAACUUGUCGACGUCUUUCAAGUACCAGAAGCCUGUACAUCCCUAGAUUUCUCAGCGACGGGUGAUUACCUCGUCACCUCGCACAUCAGCAAUCUUGGGGUCUACCUCUGGUCCAACAAGACUCUCUUCACCCACGUUUCCCUAAGAGCAAUCACUCCAAACUCAUCGAUUCCUGUGAUAACUCUGCCAGGCUCGUCCUCAGAGCAGAACGACAACAUCGAGUCGGUCGAAGUGGAUUCACCAGAGCAAGAGGACGACGAAUACACAUCCCCCGAGCAGUUGAAUGCCAAUCUCAUCACAAUGUCGUCAUUGGCGAAUUCCAAGUGGCAGAAUUUAUUGAACAUCGAUGUGGUGAAGAAGAGGAACAAGCCUAAGGAACCACCCAAGGCACCAGAGGCAGCGCCAUUCUUCCUUCCAACGAUUCCAUCCCUAGAUAUUCAAUUUGAUUUGUCUGAGACACCGAAGGACGCCGAGAACAGCAAAUUACUGAUUCCCUCUGAUUUCAGCAACCUCACGGGUUUUGGGAGAUUAUUAAAGGGGACAGCUGAGAGCGAUGAGUUCUCUGAAGUUGUCUCAAGGCUUAAAAAACUUGGGCCCAGCUCUGUCGACUUUGAAAUCCAGUCACUAUCAUUGGAUCCUUCUUGUUCGACUUUAGUCAUGCUGCAGUUCAUGAAGAUGAUCAAGUGGAUGAUGGAGAGCAAGAAAGACUUCGAACUGGCGCAGGCGUAUUUAGCGGUUUUUCUUAAGAUCCAUGGAACGAAAAUCCAGGAGGAGAAGGAGUUGUGGAGGUAUUUGGACGAACUUCAGAGUGUUCAGUUGAAAAUGUGGAGUACAAUCAGGGACAAAUUGUAUUAUAAUCUGAGUGUUGUGCAGCAUGUUAAGAGAAUGUAAAAAGAGAUUUGAUAUUCGAUUUUUGUUUAAUAAAUAUGUGGAUCGAAUUCAUGAAGAAUUAAUUAUUUGCUCAUAUGUUGGACAAUAAUGGAGAAAUAAAAAUGUUAAGAACGAAGUUUUACAGAAAAA